UGUUCCACAGCUGCACUGAGACAGGGCCAGUGACAGCAGCCACGCGCAUCCAUGCGCUCUCCUGCUCUCUUUCCCCCCUCCUCUUUGCUGCACAUUGUUGUCGCUUGGCUAGAAAUGUAGCAGAGAGAGCUGGCUUGGCUUUCAUUGCUCCUGCCAUCCUCUCUUCCUCUCUGGCUCUUGGGCUUUCUGCCUUCCUUGCUGGAUCCUUUUGGGGGGUGCUUUCCAAACCUGACUGGGGCGCAAAGGGCACCCCAGGACACGGCUGUGGGCUCCUGCAGAGCGUCUGUGGGAGAACUGGGCUCUGCAGGUUGCCUGCGACGAGUCCCUCCGGCUUUGAGGUUCCUGGGACUGAUUUUGGAGAUGGUUUGAGGAGGGUUGGGGAGGAAGGAAACGCUCAAGGAAACUGCCUCUCCAGGUAGUCCCAACGGUCGGCCAUGACAGACACGGUGGUUGGCAACAGCACCAGUCAGUGGAUGUAUCAGAACGACCGACAAAUGGCCCUUCGAGGCGGUGGAAAAGAACAAGCCCCUGCUGGUUGGUCAGCCCAUGGCAGCCAGCCAGAGCACGGACGGAAGAAUGAAGAGCUGACGGAUGAAGAGAAGGAGAUCAUCAACCGGGUCAUUGCUAGAGCCGAGAAGAUGGAGGAGAUGGAGCAAGAGCGCAUUGGGCGCCUCAUGAACCGCCUGGAGGACAUGCGCCGGAACGUGGCGGGGGACGGCGUGAAUCGCUGCAUCUUUUGUGGAGAACAGUUGGGCCGGCUGGGCUCGGCAUGCGUGGUGUGCGAGGACUGUAAAAAGAACGUCUGUACCAAAUGUGGCAUCCAGACCACCAACAACCGUCCUCAUUCCAUCUGGCUGUGCAAGAUUUGCAGCGAACAGAGAGAGGUAUGGAAACGUUCUGGAGCAUGGUUCUUCAAAGGUUUGCCAAAGCAAAUGCUGCCCCAGCCUAUGCCCAUCACCAAGGCCAAACCACAACCGGCGCCCAGUGAACCGGCACCGGCCCCUCAGGACCCAAAGCCGUAUUCUCGCCAGCAGAACCAUGGCCAAGCUGAAGCCGCUCCCUCUGCGGAACAGGAAUCCUAUGGCACUGAGCCAACAGCGGCUGCUUCCAGCCGGGGAAAUUAUCCACAAGUUAGCCGCAAGCCUUCGGAGGCCAGGAUGGCACUGAGUGGCAGUGAAUAUGCUGGUGAGGGCACUGAAAGCCGGGAUUAUGUUGCUGAGAGUGAAGUCCACCAAAGCCCUGGAGGCCCCAAGCGUGCCGGUGGUGGUCAAGCAGCUGCGGCCAGGCCAUAUUCUCCAGCCUCUGCUCAAAAUCCAUCUGCCCCACAGGCUGAUCAAGGUGGCAGACAAGGUCCCAGCUCAGCUGGCCGCUUCCCAGAAAGACAAGGUAGCCUUUCAAUGGCUCCCCCUCAGGCGGAUCCAGGCUAUUCCUCCCCAGGGCCAUCCAGGGAUGAGCGCCCAAGCUCUGGCUACUCAUCGCCAAUGGCAGAGAAGCCCAUGCGCCAAGUGGCACCCUAUACCCAAGCCGCUGCCCCACUGGCCGCACCGACACCCUCCCGACAGCCUCCUCCAGAGGAGGAUGAGGACGAGGCCAACAGCUACGACUCCGAUGAAGCAACUACUCUGGGUGCCAUGGAGUUCAGCCUCUUAUAUGACCAGGACAACAGCUCCUUGCACUGCACCCUCAUCAAGGCAAAGGGCCUGAAACCAAUGGACUCCAAUGGGCUGGCAGAUCCUUAUGUGAAACUCCAUCUUUUGCCGGGCGCCAGUAAGUCAAACAAACUGAGGACCAAGACAUUGAGAAACACCCGGAAUCCUGUUUGGAAUGAGACCUUGGUGUAUCACGGCAUCACGGAUGAAGACAUGCAGAGAAAGACGCUAAGGAUUUCUGUGUGCGAUGAGGACAAGUUCGGCCACAACGAGUUCAUUGGCGAGACCAGAGUGGCCCUGAAGAAAGUGAAGCCAAAUCAGAAAAAGAAUUUUAAUAUCUGCCUGGAAAGAGUCAUUCCGAUGAAACGGGGUGGAACGACCGGAUCCUCACGUGGAAUGGCCUUGUACGAAGAUGAGAUGGACCAAGGAGGAGAUGUUGAGGAACGAGGAAAGAUUCUGGUCUCGCUCAUGUACAACACCCAGAAAGGAGGUCUUAUCGUUGGCAUUGUCCGUUGUGUCCAUCUUGCCGCUAUGGAUGCCAACGGCUACUCGGAUCCAUUUGUGAAAAUUUGCUUGAAACCUGACAUGGGGAAGAAAGCCAAGCAGAAGACGCAGAUUAAAAAGAAGACCUUGAACCCAGAGUUCAAUGAGGAAUUUUUCUAUGACAUCAAGCACAGCGAUCUAGCCAAGAAAUCACUCGAUAUAUCGGUUUGGGAUUAUGACAUUGGCAAAUCCAACGAUUAUAUUGGUGGCUGCCAACUGGGCAUCACAGCCAAAGGUGAACGCUUGAAACACUGGUACGAGUGUCUGAAGAACAAGGAUAAGAAAAUUGAGCGCUGGCACGCCUUACAGAACGAGAACCAUGUCUCUAGUGAUUAGGAGAUGCCCCACGAGUCCGCCAUCCUCCACUUCCUUUCCUGUAGAAUUCCAAGCAUCCCGUCUUCCAACGCAUUUAUGUUUCUUUUACUCCUGGGGGUAACUCCCCCCCCCAUCUCCUGCCUCUGUCAUGGCAGCAGCGUUUUUCUCUUCUGCCCCCUCCUUUGCCAUUCCCACCCAAGGAUCUGACCCGAUUCUCCUUUAUGGUUUGUUUCAUCACCCAUUUCCCCCACCAUCUCCCACCAUGGGUGCAUUCAUGUACAGGUUUUUCAAGCAAUAGCCCAGCACUGAAACUUCAUGAGUUUGGCCUCUGCUUUUCGGCAGCAAAAGAUCACCCUCCUUUUCUCCCCUACUGAUGCCAGUGUGCUUUCUCCUAUCUGCCAAAGGCAUUUGUUCUUGAAGUGUCCUUGAAUAUCUGAUUCCCCCUCUUCUGGUUUCCAUCUCUGCAUGCGGACCUUCCUUCAGGCCCCACUUCGGCCCUCCUCCUCCUCCUCUUUGCAACCUUGAGAAUAUUUUGAGCAUUGCGAAUGGAAAAUGCACGGCUAUGGUUCUUGACUCAGGCUGCUUUAAGCAUGGGGGCAGCCGAUCAAAACGACAACAACAGCCAGAUCAUGCAAGUCUUUUGAAACCAACGCCUAGGCUGUCAUAAGCAAAAAAAAACCAGUUUCCGCUUGGGGUGGGGGCGGGCGGGGAAUCUUUCCGAUUUAUAGCAUCACUUCAUCCCGUCUUUUUCAGUCAUGGGGUCUCUAGCCUUCGGCUGUUGGAAGUAAUUCAGAGAACGCCACCUUCCAUUGCUGAGUGGCCCCAUCAAUGUGGUCCUUCAUAACCCCUCACUUCAACCCAUGAAGCAGCAAAGGCCAAGCUUCUUCUUUUCCUGGUGAGCAACUAUAUAGGUUUCAGGGCCAAUCUCAACCAAGCUGUGAUCUUCCACUUGCCCUUGCCUGUUGUUGGGCAAGGCCUAUUUUUGUGUCUACGAAGCAUUUUCCAUGGGUUGCACCCUAUUGUUUACGGAUUCUCUCAACAAAAUGGAGGUCCACCAUUCUCCCAAAAUUCAGGAAGGGCUUCCAGUGAUCAGACCGACCAGAGGGGCAUGAAGUGGGAACAUGGCCGGGGUGUCUGUGUAUUCCUUUCCCACCACAUGUGUAGAACGGUUGGUGGCAACACCCGAGACAGAUGAUUCAGUGAAAGUCAGGGAGGACUACCUGGCCUGCUCUGGUCUAUGGGUGAACAGAUGGCUUCCUUGUUGGUAUCCCCAAAGUUCUCUCCUUUAGCUAGACCUUGGUAGCAAGAACAAUAGCCUACUUUCAAUCCCAGCCAAUAGCUCCCAGGCAGUGCUUCCUGGUGACAUGAGGGAGCUUAGGAAAGGAAACCAAUAUCAACAGUAGGGGAGGGGAACAACUUAGUCUGGUUUUCUUCCUUGGGAUGGCACUUCCAUAACCCCUUUCAUGUCUACCUUCUAACUGAACUAAAGAAUAGUCCCUCGUGUGGGUUCAGUAGGUUUCCGCACUACUGUACUUGCCUUUCUUCUGGAGGCAGAGAGGCAUGUGGUUUCUGCUGCUCAGUCUAACCACCACAUACAUGAAUCAGGACAAGUCCUUCAGGAUUUCCUGUGGCUUCAGGUCUGACAUGCAUUUAAACAUGCAUGCAUUCCUUUGGAUGGUGGGACCAAGCCAUGCCCACAGGAUUUUUAGUUCAUUCUCCUACAAGAGCCAUCUGAUCUGGUGCCUUUCAACUGGGCAACCCAGGUGGGCAGAGAUGGUGGAAUGCCCACUUCAGAAAAACAGAGCAAGAUGCCUCAGUCCAGUCUGGCUCUUUGCUCCUCUGGUCCAGUGGCCUUUCUCUUUUGACUGGCUGCAUUCUUCCCGGUUCUCAGGCAGAGAGAGGUUCUUUCCCAGAACUUUGAAAGAGUGCUUUCGUUGAAUGAUGACUCCCAGAAUCCCCAUGCUGGCUGGGGGAUUCUGGGCAUUGUCGUUCAACAAAGGCACUCUUCCAAGCUCUGGUCUUUCCCAUCACUUUCUCCAUGAGGCUUUUGGAACUGGUGAUGCCAAAGAUUGAACCUAGGAAUCUUCCACAGACAGCACAAAUGCACUUCCUACUAUGGAGAGAGGGAGAGUGAUGAGCAAACCAAUGGAUGGAUGGAUGAAACAUCAUGGUUCACCCUCAGCUUCAGGGUGCUGUGGUCUAUUCCAAGGUGGAGCUAUGUAAAGCAAGUUCCUGGUUGUUCUGGUGGUGUUUCCACGGAUGACCUCCUAGCUCUCCUCUUCUUCAUCAACCAAGAUAUAAUUCUGCUAGUUUUUGGAGAAGGGCACCUUUAUGAACGGAUGGCCUUGCUGGCCCAACUUGUCCUGGGUAAAAGUUUCAUGAGAGAGUCCUCUAUGCUUCUCGACUGCAUGACGGUGGUGUGCUUCCAAGAAGGACGUGGAGCACCUUGAAUCUCUUUACCCACCUUGGCCUUGUUGCAAUUCCAUUUCUGUUCCACUUGCUGAAAAAAGUCGACUAAGUGCUUUGCUCAACUGCAGAACCUCAGUAAACCCUUUCUUUUGUCACCCAGCCGUUGGGUCCAGGGCACAACCCAACUGUUGGGCCAUUUUGUUUUUUAUUACAGCUCCUUGGUUCUUUGUGAAAUAGGUUAGAUAUAUUUGUGCUGAAAGCAAGUUUCUGGGAUUUAAUUUUAAAAAGCCAUUGGGAAAUUUGGUCAACAGCCAAAGCAGUACUUUAUUCUCACUUAGGCCAAGAAGAUACCAGUGUAGAGUUCUUGAUCUGGUGUAUCCUCAGGAUCUACUAGUUCAGGCUGGGCAAAGUGAGGCCCGUGGUUUGCAUGCAGCCCCCUAGGGCUGAUUUUUGUGCCCCUCUGGGUCAACAGGAGCCAAAUUGUUGCCCCCCAAUCCCUUCUAGAUGUUGUGGUGGACAUUUCCACCAUGGUUUUGAGAUUCCUUGGUCCAUUAUAGGCCCAGAGCAGGCCUUAAAAAAAAAACAAGAAGUGAGCAGGAAGUGACCCAGAUGUCAUUGUUUGCUUCCAUUUAUUUAUUUAUUUAUUUAUUUAUUAUUUUAAAAAGGGCCUGUUCUGGGUCUAAAAUGGACCAGGGAGUCUAAAAAAAGGGAGAGAGGAGGAAGUGACUUCUGUGUCACUUGCGGUUGUUUUAAAAAGGCCCUAGGUAUGGUGCAUAGUCAGCAUCCUUAAGCUGAUGUCACUGGGCUGGACUGUUGGUUUCAUGCGCUCAACUUUAAAAUUGUUUCACAUUUAAAACUGUUUAGGUGCAUAGCUGGGGGAGGGCACAAUAUGAGAAUGUUGACCCUUCUUCACAAAAAUUCUGCCCCACCAAGUGACAUUUGCCUCCCCACCCCAAUUUUUUUUAGCAUCCCAGAGAUGCUGGAAACCAUUGGCACAUGGGACUCUUUCUGUUUGCUGGGUUGGCUUUCUCUGGCUCUGUUCUUUGGAUGCCUCAAACAUUAUUUUCUAAAGGCUCCAUGGAAGGUUGAAGCGCUUGUGAUGCUAGAAAUGUGGGGACGGGAAGAAAAUGGCUUGGGGGCCGAUGCUGAUUUGAGGGGGGCAAUGCCUGUAUUGUGGUUUCCCAUAGCUACAUCUCUCCAUUUUGCCAGGGCUCUCUCCAUGGCAUUCUGAGUAAUGGGGAUUACAUUGGCUGGCAUUGGAUGAUAAGAACGGAUCCAGGCAUGGAUGGGCACCGGAACUGCCCUUUCCUCUUGGUUCCCACCAUCCCUUUGGUUCCCAAAAGAUACCUUUGGAGAGAAAUCUGUUCCCCAGUCAUGGGUCUUGGCUGAGGAUAUUUCUCCCUCUAGACCUAGCGGGGGGAAAGGCCCCUGCUCCCCAAUAGGACCUCCUCUCUCUUUUCAAUGUUUCCUUUCUGCCCCACCUUCUGUGUCCAUUGGAGGCAUUCUCUUGGAGCGAGUCCUCUCUUUUCUCAGAAGUCUUGUCGUUUUUCGAUACCGUUUUGUAAACUCGGUGUGAUAGUUCUCAUCUGAAAAAAAGAAGAAGAAAAGAAACCCUUUGACCCUUUUUGAGACCAGGGCUGCAUCUGCACCGCAGAAAUAACCUGGUUUGAUGCCACUUUCGCUGCCAUGGCUCAAGGCGAUGG